UUCGCGUCUUCCGUAUGCCAUCUUUACGCGUGGAAAAAUAAUGGACGCGAAGAUUGUUCUAUUUGCCUGAAUUAUUAUAUCUUCCAUCUCUCACUCACUGCAGAAUCGCACAGUGAUCUGCUCGCCGUCAAGCACAGCUUUCCAGCAGCAGCAAUGCAGAGUCCGCUCCCUGAUUCCCGCGCGCUCGAGGCGGGUAUCAUCCCCGAUGAACCGCCUUCACGUCUCUCGCGCGUGCAAGAAAACGUCCGCAAUCUGCUCCGGAACCCGACUUUCGUGCUGGCAUCGACACUCCAUUCGGGAAGCGUAGCAGCAGAGCCAGAGCGACAACCAUCCCAUCGACACGACCAGCACAUGCCAGCAGUGCCAGUCCCUCUGCAUCAUGUGUCCCGAACAGAGAGGGCGCGAGUCGAAGUGCCACCAGCCAGUAUCCCGCCAUCUCACGACCAACGCGGAGUCCUGCGCACAGUCGCACAGUCGACAUUGUUCAACUCCCGCGCAUUCGCUGCUCUCGAUCACCCCGACUUGAGCGACCCCUCAUUGUUCCAACAUCUGCGUAAGACACAUCAUCGCCACCGGCAUUCCUGGAAACGCUCGAGGCGAAGCAAGCAUUCGAGCGGCAAGUCGCGAGCGAGUUCGUCGCGGUGUCUUUGCGUUUUGACGGCUUUGUUAUUGGGUGCUGUCGUUGCUACCUGUGAGUUUGUACCGACGGAGCUGUGCCUGAGGCAGAUCAAGUGCUGAUGUGGAUGCCGCAGAUUUGGUUUUGGUUUCGACGUCGGGCAAAGUAACGCCGACAUUCCACAUACUGUUUCUUCUGGGUAUUGUGCUGGCUGCGAUUGUCUGCGCGUACUCCUUUUCCAGAUUGUUCCUUCUGGGACGUCACGGUAGAGUGCAUGCGCCCUCUCGACUUCGGCACAGGCAUCGUCACCGACAGCCCACGGUUGAACGGUCCAGGCCGGCACGAAUCUCAA